CGAAAACCCUAAACGACAAACCCCACGUUGGCGGUACUUUUCAACCUCAUAGCGGGAUGGCAUUCUCCCGGUGUGCAUCUGGGUGAUGCUGGCCUAUUUUCCUCUGCCAGUGGUCGUGUGGUGCUCCGCCAGUGCCAUCCUGCGGGGGGCACACAGUCUCCCGAGCGGCAGCCAUGCUUUCAUCAUCGUCGGGCCGAUGCAGGGUGGAAUCAUCCGGCGCCGGCAAGGUACAUACGUGGAUCCGCAUCCCGAUGCUUGUGUGCGUCAACGAGAAAGCGUGAUCACACGAUGGACGAAUGGAUUGUGGUGACAAAAUAUGGCCAUAUCGCAUGGUUUGACUCAGGUCAUGCUGGUCAAUGAUGGUGUGCUUCUGACGCCGGACAAGGAAAAAACCAGUGUAGGUCAACACGCCGCAAAGGGAAACAGAUGCAUGCGUGUGCGUAGACGGUGUCCUGUGCGGCAUUUGCAAUACAGGCGAUGAGGUCUCGUGUGCGUCGGCUGCGAAAACACAGCACACAGGUACGUUCUUUAUACGGAUGUGCAGCGAUACAGCCACUGCAGUCAAGCUGACUAGAAUCGCAUCUCUUGGUGCUUGUGGUGUGCGCCAGGUCAUGAGGGCUGCUGGGGGGGAUAGCACGAGUGAGGUCCUCCCUGGAGGCGUCACAAAUGCGACCACCACCACAAGUGCGACCGAUCAGACCAAAGGCCCCACCGGUGGGGACACCACAACGUUCCCCAGUCAUUGUGGGCGUGCGUGUGGUUCGCUGUCGUUGCAGAUAUUGCGACACCGUUGAGCCAGCUCGUCGGAACCUUACCGAAGUGGAGGAGCAGCUCGUCGCGAGCUUUGCCGCACUGAGGGACGAGAUCGCCGAAAUGAGGGGCGAUCGCCAAAAUGAGGGGCGAGAUCGGAGACGUGAUUUACAUGCUCGAGGUCACGCAGAGGAUCAAGAGUCAGCGUUCUCGCAAGUCCCGAUCGAAGAGAAAGGGGUAACUGCGACCAGCACUCUCGAUUCAUUCUACGGGGCGUUUGGUUUGCUUCGUAGGGGGGCAGAGGUGGGAUGAAGAUGCUACAUGGGUCGAGCUAGACGGGCU